AUGCCUACUCAGUUGACAAUUGAUGGCAGUUUUAUUCUUGAUGAUGAUUGUUAUAUUAGAGAUAGUGAUAAAUCUCGAUUUCAAUUAAAAAAUAUUAUUUAUUCUUCAUCGAAUCUUUCACUUACGACAACAGUACCAUCAAAUAUUGGAAAACAUUUUUUUUAUCCAAAUAAAAUCGAUUCUUUAGUAGUCGACACUGAUAAAUUUAUAAUACCACCCAUUCAUGGUUUUACAUCUGUAAAAUCAUUAAUACUUUGUAGUUCAGUACUUAUGUCAUGA